GCGGUCCGUCAGCGAGCCGACAAGGGUCAUGUUAUCGCAAACCUACCUGCUGGGUACAAUUUAAAGCGCAAGCAGCAACCUGUUACCUGCUUUAAACUACAACCCUUUUUUUGCACAUUGGGAUGAAGUUCAACGACGGUUUUUGGCUUCUGAAAAGCGGCGUCAAAGCCUCUUAUGGGCUCCAGGUCACUGACAUUACACAGGACCAAACGGGUUAUAGUUUGCAUGUGUCAACAAAACCUAUUCGACACCGUGGAGACACGUUAGGAGGACCACUGCUUUCCGUCAAGGUCCAUUCUCCUACUGAAGGCGUGAUUGGAAUCAGAAUUGACCACUUCAAACAUGCUGAGAAAAACCCCUCCAUUCCAUUGUUUCCUGACGUCCCUGCUACGCCCAACUUCUCCACAAGUAAAGCUAAAGGAUGUUCGGCGAUAAGCACCGGUGGCUUGACGGCAACGAUCACGGAAAAUCCAUACACAAUCACUUUCAAGGACACCAGUCGCACACUCACCUUUGUCGGACCAAAGCACCAAGCAAUCUACGACGUCCCGAGCAGAUGGACACUGGGAACUGCUGCCAACAGCUCCUGCCUAACGCUGGACCCAAGUUCUAACCCUAGUCCAGUUACACUCUCCGAAACAGUCCGUUACGUCCACUCAGAACUGAACUUGUCUCCUGGAGAGCUCAUAUAUGGUCUCGGUGAACAAUUUGGAGCAUUCGUUAAGAACGGUCAGUCUGUCAGUCUCUGGAAUCAAGACGGUGGGACCUCUAGUGAGCAGGCGUAUAAAUGUGUGCCUUUCUACAUCACAAAUCGCAACUACGGUAUAUUUAUCAACCAUCCGGGCGAAGUCGAGGUCGAGGUUGGAAGUGAGAAGGUCAGCCGCGUUGGUGUUAGUGUGGCCGGAGAGAGUCUAGAGUAUUUUGUGAUCUACGGUGAAACACCCCUUCAAAUUCUUGAGCGAUAUACACGGAUGACUGGGAGACCGGCUCUUCUCCCCGCUUGGUCUUUCGGACUUUGGUUGACCACGUCCUUCUUGACGUCGUACUCAAACACGACUGUCUCUGGCUUUCUCCAAGGUAUGAAAGAUCGCGAUUGUAACGUUCGCGUAUUCCACUUGGACUGUUUUUGGAUGAAACAAUAUGAGUGGUGCUCAUUUACAUUUGACCCUGAAAACUUCCCUGACCCAAAGGCAUACCUAGCCGAGAUCAAGGAGAAAUACAACGUCAAAGUUUGUUUGUGGAUAAACCCGUACAUCUCCCAACUUUCUCCUGUCUUUCAGGAGGGAGUGGAAGGUGGUUAUCUUAUCAAGCGGUCCGAUGGUACACCGUGGCAAUGGGAUUUAUGGCAGCCAGGACUCGCUGUUGUAGAUAUCACCAACCCCGCAGCUCGCAAGUGGUACUGUGAUAAACUAUCAGCGCUUGUUGAGCUGGGUGUUGACACAUUCAAGACCGAUUUUGGCGAACGCAUUCCUCAUGCAAACAUCAAAUACUUCGAUGAGUCGGAUCCCAUGAGAAUGCACAACACAUAUGCGGUGCUUUAUAACCAGAUGGUAUUCGAGCUUCUUCAAAACCAUUUUGGCAAGGGUGAAGCUCUUGUAUUCGCAAGAGCGUCUGCAGCUGGGGGCCAGAGAUUCCCGGUGCACUGGGGUGGAGACUGCGAGUCUACGUUCGAGGCUAUGGCAGAAGCUUUGCGGGGCGCUCUCAGUCUUACUGUGUCAGGCUUCGGAUUUGCCUCGCAUGAUAUUGGGGGUUUCGAGGGACACCCCCCUCCUGAGAUUUAUCAGCGAUGGGUGGCUUUCGGACUUUUCUCAACCCAUUCACGUCUUCAUGGCUCGUCAUCCUAUCGGGUUCCUUGGAACUAUGGCGAAGAUGCUGCGAAGACCAUGGCUAAGUUCGUCGAUGCAAAGCAUAGGUUAAUGCCUUACAUCUACACGGAGGCGAUCCAAACUCAUGAUACUGGGCAUCCCUUGAUGCGAGCGAUGUUCCUGGAGUUUUCUGAAGACCGGACGACGCACUACCUGGAUAGGCAAUACAUGCUUGGGCCAUCGUUGCUUGUGGCACCUGUUUUCGUACCCAUAGGAGAAGAAACAGAGUACUACCUACCUGCCGGCAGAUGGACCUCUUAUUUCCAUCCGGAGCGCACUCUGCAAGGCCCUACCUGGGUCAGAGAAGUCGUUCCUUUGGAUGAAAUCCCGGUAUGGGUGAGAGAAGGAUCAAUCGUUUGUCUCGGACCCACCGGCAUGAAGCAGCCAGAUUACCGCCUGAACGUGAACCUAGAAGUUCAUUUGUUUGGUCCCAAAAGCGCGACAGUGUAUCUCCCAGACGGGAAUGGGAAGACAGCUCAAGGAUUGGAGGUAGAGGCAUCUGAAGGCGCCAUCAACGUCUUGAUAGCAAAUGAAUCUGUCACUGUGUCCUCUAUCGUUAUAUACAAGGAAGGCAUGCGUGGUCUCCAGGUGAGCGGUGGAUCAACCACCCAUCUGGACGGUGGCAUUGGGGUGAAAGUCGAUGUUGAAGGAGGAGCCAAGGAGGUGAAUAUCCGUUACUAAGUACCAACCGUUGCUCCAUGCUAUGGUCGAAGUUGAACGUGUAUAAUUCUGCUGUAGUAUUACUAGUAAAUAUUGCGUCUAAACC